GUUUAUCGUGCGCAUCAACUCGGCGUCAUCUCUCUGCUCCACUCGAUACUGUGCAAAUUAUUCAGUCUUCACAUCACUCGUACAACCCUCUCUCUCCACACUCCGAAUCCCCAAGUCGCCGCCGGAGACAACGCGCGCGCCGCGGCCAUGGAAGGCACCGUGCUGUGCGCCGCCAACCACGCGCCUCUCACGCCCAUCAGCUUCCUCGAGCGCACCGCGCUCGUCUACCCCGACCGCCCCGCCAUCGUCGCCUCCGGCCUCGGCCCCGGCCGCCGCGACGCGCCGCGCACCUGGAGGGAGACCCGAGGGCGAUGCCUCCGCCUCGCCGCCGCCCUCGCCGGACUCGGCGUCGCGCUCCACGACGUGGUUGCUGUGUUCGCGCAAAACAUUCCUGCGGUGUGCGAGCUCCACUUCGGGAUUCCUAUGGCCGGCGCCGUGAUCUGCGCGCUCAAUUCGCGCCUUGACGCCGCCAUGGCGUCCGUGCUGCUGCAGCAUUCGGAGGCCAAGGUCGUCUUCGUUGACUGCGCGCUGCUUGACAUUGCCCAAGAAGCUCUCCGGCUCGCGUCUGAAGCCGGAGCCAGGCCUCCCCUUGUGGUGUAUAUCAGAGAGCUUCUCGACGAAUCAUCACAUGAUGCCGGUGCCAAUCCAACAGGAGUUGUUCGAGCCGAUCAGUACUACGAGUACGAGGCCCUCCUGAGCAGCACUGGUGGGUCGCCGGACUUCGUGAUCCGGUGGCCAGCUGACGAGAACGAGCCAAUCGCGCUGAACUACACUUCAGGGACGACGUCUAGGCCGAAGGGCGUCGUGUAUAGCCACCGUGGGGCGUACCUGAACAGCCUCGCGGCCGUGCUCCUGAACGACAUGGCGGCGAUGUCGGUGUAUCUGUGGGCUGUGCCCAUGUUCCACUGCAACGGGUGGUGCCUCACGUGGGGCGUGGCGGCGCAGGGCGGCACCAACGUCUGCCUCCGCAAGGUCACCGGGGCCGCCAUCUUUGACAGCAUCGCGCGGCACGGGGUCACGCACAUGGGCGGCGCGCCGACGGUGCUGAGCAUGAUCGUGAACGCCACGGCUGAUGAGCGGCGGCCGCUGCCCGGCGGGAGGCCGGUCACUGUCAUGACCGGCGGCGCGCCGCCGCCGCCGCAGGUGCUGUUCCGGAUGGAGGAGCUGGGUUUCCUGGUCAUUCACUCGUACGGUCUGACGGAGACGUACGGCCCGGCGACGGCGUGCACGUGGAAGCCGGAGUGGGACGCACUGCCGCCGGAGGAGCGCGCGGCGGUCAAGUCCCGGCAGGGGCUGCACCUCCUGGGGCUGGAGGUGGACGUGAAGGACCCUGCGACCAUGCGGAGCGUGCCCGCGGACGGGCGCGCCAUGGGGGAGGUGAUGUUCCGGGGCAACACGGUGAUGAGCGGGUACUACAAGGACGCCGCCGCCACGGCGGAGGCGAUGGCCGGCGGGUGGCUUCGGUCGGGUGACCUGGCGGUGCGGCACGGCGACGGGUACGUUAAGCUCCUGGACCGGGACCGGUCCAAGGACAUCAUCAUCUCAGGCGGGGAGAACAUCAGCACGAUCGAGGUGGAGGCGGCGCUGUUCGCGCACCCAGCGGUGGCGGAGGCCGCGGUGGUGGGGCGGCCGGACGAGUACUGGGGCGAGACGCCGUGCGCAUUCGUGACACUCAAGGGCGGCGCCCAGAGCGUGGCAGCGGAGGAGGUGAUGGCCUUCUGCCGGGCGCGGCUGCCGCACUACAUGGCGCCGAGGUCAGUGGUGAUCGUGGCUGAGUUGCCCAAGACGGCAACGGGGAAGGUGCAGAAGUUCGCGCUCCGGGAGCAGGCCAAGGCCAUGGGCAGCAUCCCUCGUUCCAGCGCCAAGCAGAGAGUUUCAGGGAGCAGCAAGCUCUGACCUCAACUGCCAGGUCAUCCAGAUUCAUUCACGGCUAUGCCUAUGCAUAUCAUCUCAUCACUACUACUCCAAACUCCAUUGGUGUGAUGAUGUGAGUGCAUCAGCUCAUGUCAUCUCAUCUGUACCCAUAUCAUAUGUAAAAUCUUGUUGAAAUAAAAAUAAGCCGCAUCUGAAAAUUGAGCAGCGGCCUCUGAACUGUGUCA